GCGCGCCCCUCCCGAGGCAAGAAAGGGGACGCGGCGGCGAGACGAGGAGCCAAGCCAACGGCGACGAGGAAUCCACGGCGGUUAGCUCACCCCAUCCGGCGCGCGCGACCCGCGCCCUCCGCCUCGACCAAAACCGAGGGCGUUUUCGUGCCCUCUUCUCCGGAGCCCACCUCCUCCUCCACUUCCCUCCCCAGCCACUCCCCAAAACCCUAGAUUCCUCCCCUCCCCUCGAUCUAAUGCAGUGACCUCCCGUCUCGCCAUGGAAGACCCCGUGGCUGCCUCCUCCGCCCCCGGCCCUGCCACCGCGGCCGCAGCAGCUAGGAUUCCGGCGGAAGCGGCAGCGGCGCCGCCCGCUCUCGCUCCGCAGCAGCCGCCUGCCACGGCAACGGCGACUGCGGCGGUCCCCGAGGCUGCGGCGACGUGCCGAAGGCAGGUGUUCUCCGUGGAGCUGCGGCCCGGGGAGACCACCAUCGUGUCGUGGAAGAAGCUCCUGAGGGAGGCCGGGCACGCGGCGGCGGCGCCAGCGGUGACGGCCGAGCCGGCGUUGGCUGCACAUGCGGGCCCGUCCGAUGCGGCACAUCCUGCAGAAAAUGACCCAAAGGAUCCAACACAGCCAAAUCGGUUCAAUGCAGUUAUUGAAAAAAUCGAGCGCCUUUACAUGGGCAAACAUAGCAGUGAUGAAGAAGACCUUGACGAUGUGCCAGAUGACGAUCAAUAUGACACCGAGGAUUCUUUCAUCGAUGAUGCUGAAUUGGAUGAGUAUUUUGAAGUCGAUAAUUUGACAACUAAGCAUGAUGGCUAUUUUGUGAACAAAGGGAAGUUGGAACAAAUUGAUCCUGGCACAUCGACAAAUGUCACUCCAAAGAAAAGGAGAAGAAAAGACUCAUCAAAUACUUAUCUUGAGAAUAAUCAGCUUGCUCCAGGUGAUUAUUUCAGUAUAGGCGACGUGCCUGGAAAAUCAUCUGGAAGAGGUGCUGCGCAGAUGGGGAAGCAAUUAGCUAGUAGCAAUGUAGGUUCUUAUCUUCAAUACCAUGAAGACAAUAGAGUGGUGAAGAACAAAACCGGUGCCUCUGGAGGAGCCCCUAAAAGGAAAUCUUCUGAUUUUGCUGUGGUUGCUGAUGCUGCUGCGCGUACUAAGAUGUCUAGUAAGGACGUCUCACAUGCUCCUUUGGAGCUAAGAGACUUGGAAAAGCAUAAAGCUGCAGCACUCCAAUCUAUUGACCAUGCACAUAAGUCAAAAACCAGUGAGACAUAUGAUUACACUUAUUCAGCUUACAAGGAUAAAGGCACUUCAAUGCAACUUGAUUUCCAACAAAGGAAGGCAAUUGGAGAAAAUCAAGAUCCAUCAAAUAGAAUGCAUCGCAAAGAGAACCAUGGAAUAAGUGAAUAUCCUGGCAUGGCUAUGGCUAAUGCUGUCUAUUCUACACAAACAGUGCACCCAAUCAUUGGCAGGGAGGGUUCAGGUACUAAACCUAAAGGCACCAGGCUUGAGCGUGCUAUUCGGGAUCUCCAGAAGAUUGUUGCUGACUACAGAUCUCCAACUAUUGAUAUUAAUGAGGUAGAUCCAAAUGGCCAGGCAGCAGUUAAAAGACGGUUGCCUCAAGAAGUCAAACAAAAGCUUGCCAAGGUUGCAAGGUUAUCGGCAAAUCAAGGAAAGAUCCAAGAACAUGAGUUGAUGGAUCGCCUCAUGGGCAUAGUUGGACACCUUGUGCAACGCAGGACACUGAAGCUACCUCUUCAGUUCAAGAUGUUGUUUUGGAUACUGACACAAUCUUCAAGAAACAUGAAAGAAAUGGUAGAAUCAGGUCUGUCGGCUAAACUAGAGAAGGCUGAUAGGUUUCAGCGCGUAAAAAUGGAGAUCAAUGAAAUGGUCAAAGCACGUGUGGCUGCCAAGUCCAAGGUCAAUGAACAGCAGGAUGGUUCAGCUGAUGAUUUUCAGGUUACCAAUGAUGGAAGAAGAGCUUUAAAAGGAAAGUCUGUAAUGGAUACUGCAUUGGAGGACAGGAUAUGUGAUCUGUACGAUCUGUAUGUUGAGGGUAUGGAUGAAGACAAGGGCCCUCAAAGCAGGAAGUUGUAUGUAGAGCUUGCAGACUUGUGGCCGCAAGGUUACAUGGAUAAUGUUGGGAUCAAAGAUGCCAUUUACCGAUCAAAGGAACGAAAAAGAUUAUUGUACAGCCAGCAGAAGGUUCGCAAUGAAGAGAGAAUGAAGAGGAAGAGGUUGGCUGCAGCAGCUAAACUACAAGAUGGGUACCCUGUUGUAAUGCAGGGUGCACAUGUCCCACAAGUGGCACAACCAUCCGCAACAAACCCCAUCACAUACCCUGCACCUGCUUAUGGACAGAACCAGGGAUCAAAAAGUUCUGAAAGGGUUCGUGAAAUAAGCUCCAGUGCGAUUCCUGAUGACAGCAACAGAAAUUCUGGCGAGAUGAAGAAGAAGAAAAGAAAACCAGAAUCUGAUUUUGUAGAUACACAAGCUAACCUACUGAAGGCUCCCUUGCAAAAGCCUUUCAAGCCUUCCGAUGAGGUAAAUGCUGGUAGCCUGCCCUCCGCUGCAACAACUGCAACCGUGCUUGGCCUCCCAACCGUGCUUGGUCAUGACCAACAAUCUAGCUGAUUAUUUCGGCAUAAUAUUGGAUAUUUAAUUCUCCUUAUAGCCCCUUUUCAGCUGCUGUAACAAAAGAUGGUCUUUCCAUGUGUUCACCACCGAUCCUCAAAACUAACAUGUAUCCGAGUGAACAGGAUUAAUAGUUCCUCUCUCCAGAUUGUGUAGCACUGCUUGAUAUGAUCAGAUGCAGGUUGGCACCUCAAAUAUUGGUUGUAACUUGUAAGUACGAGUCGUCCCUGCUGCUGGUCGUUGAGACAUGUAAUGUUAAUAGCAUGCACUCGACAUGUAUUGUUCAUAGCAUGUGAUCGAAAUGCCCAUUCAGCGAUCUGCUGCUUUUUAAA